AUGAAUAUAGAGAACAAUUAAGCUUUCAUCAGUGAUUAUAUAAUAGAUUUAACUAAAAAAAUUGGUGAAGGAUAAUGUGGAAAGAUCUUUGAUUGCAUAUCAAAAAAAAAUAAUACCUUAAAAUUAUGUGCUAAAGUAAAAAUAUUUUACCAUUUAAGAUAAUAAACAUUAAUAUUAAAAAUGAAAAAUUUUGUUUAAGAGAAAAAGAUAUCUCUGAAAGAAUUAAAAAUAAUUAAGACAAUCCUAAUUUGGUUUCUGUUUUUCAUGUUGAAUUUAUUCCAGAUUAAAAAUUAUUUAUUAUAAUUAUGGAAAAAUGUGAUUCAAAUUUACAUGUAUAUUGGGAAUAAAAAAAGAAAUUUAACGAUAACGAAAUCAGAUAAUUUAUACUUCAAUUUCUUCAUGGUUAUGAAGUUCUUUAUUCACAAAAUAUCAUUCAUAAAGAUAUCAAACCUGAAAAUAUAUUAAUUAAAUAUUAAAAUGGAAACAUUAUUUUUAAAAUUGGAGAUUUUGGAUUGGCAAAGGUUUACAAAAAUAAUUAAAUCGAAUAUGAUGUUAGUAGAAAUGGAACUCCUGCUUAUGCUGCCCCAGAGGUGAGUACAAUUAUGGUUGAUUAAGAAGUACAUCAAUAAUUAAUGGAAAUCAAAAAUAUUAUGCAUGCCAAAAGUUAGAUUGACAUAUAUUCGGUAACAUAAUUAUAUUAAUAAAAAGCUUGGGAUAAUAUUAUAUUAGAUGAUUUUUGGAAAAUUUCCUUUUUAAUUAUCUAUUAGUUCUAUUAAGGAUUUUUUUUUUAAUAUUAAGAAAAAUCCUCUAAAAAUAACAGAUAAAUGUUCAAUUUACGUAUAAUUAGUUGAAAAAAUGCUUAUAUAUAAUCCUAAUGAGAGAUUAUCCUUUUAAUACUUAUAUAAUAAUUUCAAUUAGAAUAUUUAAAAUUAAUAACACAAUUUUUAGAAUAUUACUUUUUUCAAAUUCACAGAAUAGGAUAAGUUUUAAAAUAUAUAAAAUAAUAAAAGUUAAAUGGGGAUAAAAAUAUUACCACAUUCUUUUAUUAUUGACAAUAGUAAAAAUAAAGAAUAAUAAAUUCAUUAAUAAAAAUAAUACACUCGAAACCAUUCAAUUUAAACUCCAAACCAUUAAAAUUAAAAUCAAACUUUUUAAUUCUAAAAUGCAAACCAUUAAUUCUAAAAUUUUUAAUAAAAUAUUAAAGUUAUUCAACCUCAAAUUUCUUCACCUCUGACGUUCUCUUAUGUGAAUCCUCAUUAAUAAAUAAAAGAUUUCCUUAAUUAUUUAAUGUAAAUUUAUUUAACUAAAAUAGAUGUGAUUUAUAAAAUAUUAUGA